CGCUGGGAUUAAAGAUGGCUCCCUCUCCUGUGCUGAGGUGGUGUCAGCGAGCUCCCCGCUGGAUCCCUGUUCUCUUCAUAAACCUGGUCGUCGGCUGGUCCUACUACGCGUACGUGGUCGAGCUUUGCGUCUAUACAAUCGCAAACAAUGCAGAACGAAUCAGCUACCUGGUCAUCUUUCACAUUUCCCUCUUCAUGUUCAUAUGGUCGUACUGGAAAACUAUCUGGACCAGACCUUCCAACCCCUCUAGUGCUUUUUCUUUGCCCAGAGCAGAGAAGGAGCUGUUUGAGAGGGCGGAGCGAGCAGAAAUGCAGCAAGAAAUUCUGAAGAAAGUGGCGAAAAGUUUACCUGUUUACACGAGAACUCCAGGGGGAGCUGUGCGGUACUGCGACCAAUGUCAGGUGAUCAAGCCUGACCGCUGCCAUCACUGCUCGACAUGUGAGAUGUGUGUGCUGAAGAUGGACCAUCACUGCCCCUGGGUAAAUAACUGCGUUGGAUUCUCCAACUACAAGUACUUUGUCUUGUUCUUGGCCUACGCUUCACUUUACUGUGUGGUCAUCUCAGCCACAGUCGUCCAAUAUUUCAUCAAGUUCUGGACAAAACAGCUCCUCGAUUCUCAUGCCAAGUUCCACAUCUUGUUUCUAUUCUUUGUGGCGGCCAUUUUCUACAUCAGCAUCUUGUCACUGCUCAUCUACCAUCUCUGGCUCAUUGGGAAGAACAGAACCACCAUAGAAGCCUUCAGAGCUCCCACUUUCCCCAGCGGCGCAGACAAAAAUGGCUUCUCUCUUGGCUUCAAACGAAAUAUCGCUGAGGUGUUUGGAGAUCAAGCACAGUACUGGUUCUUUCCUGUUUUUUCAAGUCAAGGCGAUGGUCAUUCCUUCGUGACCAGGCUGGUGCACAUCGACCCGGAACAAGCCAACGGCAUUCUCCAGCAGAAUGGCAAAAGCCCUGUUCCUGUGGAGCCCGACACUCAAGUCGCUGUUGACCAUGUACACCACACAACAGAGGAAGCCAAAGAGAAACAAGCUGAUGGUGUGGAGGACUCGGUCAUGUUGGAGAGAGAGCAGUAGCAGUAGGGGAAGCACAGCUGUGGACUCUGCUGCCUUCAACUGUCUCCAUCACUAUCAUCAUCACAACGUCAAAUCUUUCAGCAACAAACACCUCUCUAUCAGUAUUAAUUCCAAAUAAUCUCUUUUACAUGUUUCAAGCCCUAAGACGUCUUGGAAAAUCAGAUUCCGCUCCAUUACAGAUUUCUCUGUUUGUUUCUCUGUAUGCAGAUACAAGGCAUUCCAAUGUACAUCCCAUGCACUUUUUAUUUUUAUUUUAUAUGUGUGUGUGGAAGAAUAUGGGACCAAAUCCAUUUUUAAUAUUGUGUUAAACAGAAAUGCAUGUAGAUGUUUGUAACCUAUUUAUUUGAACUAAACAUUUCCUUUACUUGACAAACACACUGUAUGGGAUGCUGUGCGUAAUUUUUUGCAUUUUUAUUUGAUGAAUAUCUGCGUGUUAAUACCUCACAGAAGUCUUAAAGGUCAAGGAUCUUUUUGAUAAUUUCAUUUUGAACGUGAGCCAAGGCAGAUAAGCCGGAGUUUAUAAGGCAGCGAAUCGAGACUUUUAUGUUCAAGUACAGGGAUAUUUGAACAAUGUGUCACUAGCUGUCAGAAGCAGCUAACGCUGCUGCGACGAGUCGCUGGAUGAUCCGUGAUUCUUUUGUGUACUAACCUGGUGAUUAGCUCAGUGCUAACAUGUUGACUGAUGAACAUUGUUCUGUUUCAAUA